CGUAGUGCGGCGCCUUCCCCGUAUCUGAACGCAAUCGGAGCUGGCGAUGCCUGGAUGUGAUUUUCCAGCUAUUUUUAUUGUUUAAUCUGUGAAUGGCGCCUAAACAGGACCCUAAACCUAAGUUUCAAGAAGGUGAAAGAGUGCUGUGUUUUCAUGGGCCAUUGCUAUACGAAGCUAAGUGUGUAAAAAUCAAUAUCAAGGACAAGCAAGUGAAAUACUUCAUUCAUUACAGUGGAUGGAAUAAAAACUGGGACGAAUGGGUUCCUGAAAGCCGUGUGCUCAAAUAUGUGGACAGUAACCUACAGAAACAGAAAGAGCUUCAGAAGGCAAAUCAAGACCAUUAUGUUGAGGGAAGGAUGAGGGGAGUCGCACCAAGCAAGAAGAUAGCUGCUGUGCAGCAAAAAAACGUUGACGUGAAAGCGAAAAAGAACAAACAAAAGACACCAGGAGCUGGAGAGGGGACCAGCACAGCAGAAAUGCCCCACCCCCCACGUAAGAAGAGGGCCCGAGUUGACCCAACUGUGGAGAGUGAAGAAACUUUUAUCAAUCGGGUAGAAGUAAAGGUGAAGAUUCCGGAGGAGUUAAAACCAUGGCUAGUCGAUGACUGGGACCUUAUCACCAGACAGAAGCAGCUUUUCCACCUGCCAGCAAAAAAGAAUGUUGAUGCUGUAUUGGAGGACUAUGCAAAUUACAAGAAGUCAAGAGGAAACUCUGAUAACAAGGAAUAUGCUGUGAAUGAAGUGGUUGCUGGUAUUCGUGAGUACUUUAAUGUAAUGUUAGGCACCCAGCUCCUCUACAAGUUUGAAAGACCACAAUAUGCUGAGAUCCUGGCAAAUCAUCCGGACACCUCAAUGUCUCACGUCUAUGGGGCACCGCACCUGCUGAGACUCUUUGUGAGAAUUGGAGCCAUGCUGGCAUACACUCCUCUGGAUGAGAAGAGCCUAAGCCUGCUUCUCAGCUACCUGCAAGAUUUCUUGAAGUAUCUUGUGAAGAAUUCAUGUCUAUUCAACGCCUGCGACUAUGAGGUUGCACCACCGGAAUACCAUCGCAAAGCGGUGUGAACUCAAAUUCCAAGAAGAUCUGUAUUUUAAAAUUUUGUUUAUUUUAAAAGUCCUCUUUAAGGGAGACCCCAAACUCCAAAGAAGACUCUAUAAACAUUUGAUCGACUGAAAGGUAAAUUAAGACGAUAUGUAACAGCCCAUUAUACUGGUCUGGUACUAAGUCUCCGUGGAAAGCUGCUGCUCCAAACUCUAUAGUGGAACAUAUUUUGGUUCAAAUAAAAUUGACAGUAACUUUGAUAAAAGUGAAUUAUCAAGGGAAUUGCUGCCAAAUUUGUAGGGCUUUUUUAUGUUUGUUAAUAAAUUGUCCUUCUCAGACAUGGCUCGGUGUUUGUGGUUGCUGGCUUUUUGUUGUUUGUUUUGGUUUUGUUUGUUUUUCUUUGUUGGGACCGCUACUUUUAUGUGUAAUGUGUACAGUAGACUGUUUUAAAGGUUUGUUGACCAAUGUACCAUAGUCUUAAAGCAUUUGUGCAGUGGUAUGAUUUUAAGGCAUAAGUAUAAAAAGGUGUAUAUGGCCUUAAUAAAUAAAAAUUUACUUCCUUAAACUUAA